AUGCGCCAGAUCCCGACCUCUGCCAGAUACUCUGGCAGCAUCCAGAGAAUGUCGCACGCCGUGAACACCUGCACGCCUACGCCCCGUCUUCCCCAUAAACCCCAGCUGGCCAUUCAGAGAAGGUUGUAUGCCGUGAACAUCGGCACGCCUACGCCCCGUCUUCCCCAUAAACCCCAGCUGGCGUACGACUCGGCCGGAUCACGCGCUCAAUCCCAAUCUUUGCAAGAUACUCCUGCAGCAUUCAGAGAAGGUCGUACGCCGGUAUACCAUGCGCUUGAUCCCGACCUUUGCGAGAUACUCCGGCAGCAUACAGAGAAGGUUGUACGCCGUGAACAUCGGCAUGCCUACGCCGCCUCUUCCCCACAAACUCCAGCUGGUGCACGACUAGGCCGGAUCACGCGCUCGAUCCCAACCUUUGCAAGAUAUUCAAGCAAUAUCCCAAGCAAGUUCCCUGCCAUGAACGGGUAUACCAUGCGCUCGAUCCCGACCUUUGCGAGAUACUCCAGCAGCAUACAGAGAAGGUUGUAUGCCGUGAACAUCGGCACGCCUACGCCCCGUCUUCCCCAUAAACCCCAGCUGGCGUACGACUCGGCCGGAUCACGCGCUCAAUCCCAAUCUUUGCAAGAUACUCCUGCAGCAUUCAGAGAAGGUCAGAAGGUUGUACGCCGUGAACAUCGGCAUGCCUACGCCGCCUCUUCCCCACAAACUCCAGCUGGUGCACGACUAGGCCGGAUCACGCGCUCGAUCCCAACCUUUGCAAGAUAUUCAAGCAAUAUCCCAAGCAAGUUCCCUGCCAUGAACGGGUAUACCAUGCGCUCGAUCCCGACCUUUGCGAGAUACUCCAGCAGCAUACAGAGAAGGUUGUAUGCCGUGAACAUCGGCACGCCUACGCCCCGUCUUCCCCAUAAACCCCAGCUGGCGUACGACUCGGCCGGAUCACGCGCUCAAUCCCAAUCUUUGCAAGAUACUCCUGCAGCAUUCAGAGAAGGUCGGUAUACCAUGCGCUUGAUCCCGACCUUUGCGAGAUACUCCGGCAGCAUACAGAGAAGGUUGUACGCCGUGAACAUCGGCAUGCCUACGCCGCCUCUUCCCCACAAACUCCAGCUGGUGCACGACUAG